GGUGAAGUUUCUUUCCCAUAAUUCGCUCUGAGUUGAGUCUCUUAGUGUCAGUAGUGAUAUAUCAGGUGUUCCCUUCCCUAAUGGAUGAAGUAGGUCUCCAUGAAAGUUCAUAUGCCUAUGCCCAUUGCAAAGACAAUAAUACAGAGCAUCCAGUCAAUCGAAGGGUAGCAGAAUUUCAUCCAAACGUGUGGGAGUACGACUUCCUUCAGUCCCUUUCAUCGCCAUAUGGGGCGCCUUCGUACUGCGAGAGAGUUAACACCUUAAUUGAGGAGAUUAAGAUGGAUAUAUUUGAUGGUCUCGUUGGCGAUGGAGAAAUGAAUCCAUCUCCUUGUGACCUACUUGAAAGGUUCUUCGUUGUUGAUAUUCUGCAGAGGCUGGGAAUUGACCGCCAUUUUCAAAAAGAAAUAAAAGCAGUUCUAGAUUAUACCUACAAAUAUUGGAAUGAUGAAAAGGGCAUCUCUUGGGGGAGAGAAAAUCUUAUUGUUGAUCUCAACACUACUGCUUUGGGAUUCCAAAUUCUUCGUCUCAAUGGAUAUUUUGUGUCUCCAGAUGUUUUUCAGAACUUCCAAGAUGAAAUGGGACAAUUCAUUUAUCUUGAGAGCUCUAAAGAAGAUGAAUCCAAAUUAAGAAGUCUAUCGAGUUUAUAUCGAGCUUCAGAGAUUUGUUUUCCAGAGGAGAAUAUCUUGAAACAAGCCAAAAUGUUUGCUUCUACGUGCCUAGGAAAAGCAAUUCAAGAAAGCCAAGAGUUAAUGAACAAAAGUCAACUUCUAGUAGAGGUUGAAUAUGUUAUGAAGAACCCAUGGAAGUGUAGAGUCCCUAGAUGGGAGGCAUUGAACUAUAUCAAAAUAUUUAGACAAGACAUUGAUGCUUCAAUGUGCAUGAAGGGAGUUUAUGAAAUGUCAAGUGACAAAAGGAAAAAGAUUUUGGAAUUGGCAAUACUAGAUUUUAAUAUUUUGCAAAAUCAACACCAUAAUGAGCUCAAAACUUUAUCCAAAUGGUGGAAUGACACAAAAGUAAAGGAACUAAGUUUCUUCAGGCAACGACAUGUGGAGUUCUAUUUUUUGUAUACAUGUGGACUUUAUGAGAAAGAACUCUCUGCAAUUAGGCUUUGCUUUGCUAAAGUGGGUACACUCAUUACUCUUCUUGAUGACAUUUUUGACACUUAUGGAACCAUCGAUGAGCUUGUACCUUUUGCAUCAGCUUUGAUCAAGUGGGACAUGUCAAUGAUGAAUCAACUUCCAGAAUAUAUGAAAACAUGUUUCCAAUUUGCCCACGAAACAUACAUGGAAAUAGCUAUUGAGGCAGAGAAGAUACAUGGUCCACAUGUGCAAAAGUGGAUGCAUGAUAAUUGGAAGACUACUAUUCAGGCACAACUUCAAGAUGCUGAAUGGAUCGCUAAAAAUUAUCAUCCAAGUUUGACUGAAUAUUUAAAGAGUUCUGUACCAUCUACAACAGUUCCAGUGCUAUCAUUAUUUCCCAUGCUUUUAAUUGACACAUUUUUUAAUGAUGAUAUUAUUAAAAAUAUGAAUAAGUUCCAAAAUUGUGUUGCAUGGGGAUGUCGACUAGUUGAUGACUCCAAAGAUUUUCAGGAUGAGAAAGAGCAUGGAGAGAAUGCAUCAUGGAUAGAGUGUUAUAUGAAGGACAAUCCCGGAACAACAAGGGAGCAAGCUUUAGAUCAUAUCAAUAUGCUUAUUGAGUUAAAUUUUGAAGAAUUGGUGAAAUGCCAUAUAUUCUAUGAGUAUGACAUACCAACUACUUGCAAGAGAUUAUAUUUUGAUAUGUAUAGGUCAGUAGCUUUCAUUUGGAGGGAUAUUGAUGGAUUUUCAAAAUCUAGCAAGGGUAUCAAGGAUGACAUAAUGAAAAUUCUUGUUGAACCUAUAUAUUUUUAGAGUAUAAGUGGGAAAAAAUAAUAGAUUUGUUUAGUACCAUAGAUAUGUCUGUAUUUUGUAUUAUAUGGAUGAAAAAUAUUUGAGAGAUAUAAGUUUUACGAUUGUAAAGGAAUGUGACAAUUAUGUAAUCAUUAAGAUA